GAGCCACAGAGGGCUGUGAGCUUGCCCGGCCCUGGGUAACGCUGGUGGUGGGUGGGCCUCCAGCUUGGAGCAGAGACCCCCCCAAGCAUCUGCAGACAGAGCUGGAUGGACCCAUGAAUAUGGAUUUAGCUGCUGAAAAGAUGGCUUGUUCUGCCUGCCCCAUGGACCCCAUCGACAGCUUUGAGCUCCUGGAUCUCCUGUUUGACCGGCAGGACGGCAUCCUGAGACAUGUGGAGCUGGGCGACGACUGGGGCCACGUCAAAGACCAGCAGGUCCAGCCACACCCCAACCCUGACGACUUCCUCAGCUCCGUCCUGGGCUCCGGAGACUCACUGCCCAGCUCCCCACUCUGGUCCCCCGAAGGCAGUGAUAGUGGCGUCUCUGAAGACCUCCCCUCCGACCCCCAGGACACCCCUCCACGCAGCGGACCGGCCGCCUCCCCAGCCGGCUGCCAUCCUGCCCAGCCUGGCAAAGGGCCCUGCCUCUCCUAUCAUCCUGGCAACUCUUGCCCCACCACACCCCCAGGGCCAGUGGUCCAAGUGCCUGAAGCCUCUGUGACCAUAGACCUGGAAAUGUGGAGCCCAGGAGGAAGGACCUAUGCUGAGAAACAGGCUGACCCGGUGCACGUGUCCCCGCGAUGCAAUCUCACCGUGAAAGAUCUCCUCCUUUCGGGCAGCAGCGGGGACCUGCAACAGCAUCACCUGGGGGUCUCCCACCUCCUGAGACCUGGGGCUGAGCACUGUCGGGAGCUGGUGCUCACUGAGGAUGAGAAAAAGCUGCUGGCUAAAGAAGGCAUCACCCUGCCCACUCAGCUGCCCCUCACUAAAUACGAGGAGCGAGUGCUGAAAAAAAUCCGCCGGAAAAUCCGGAACAAGCAGUCGGCCCAAGAAAGCAGGAAGAAGAAAAAGGAAUAUAUCGACGGCCUGGAGUCUCGGAUGUCAGCUUGCGCUGCUCAGAAUCAGGAGUUACAGAGGAAAGUCUUGCAUCUCGAGAAGCAAAACCUGUCCCUCUUGGAGCAGCUGAAGAAACUCCAGGCCAUUGUGGUACAGUCCACCAGCAAGUCAGCCCAGACAGGCACCUGUGUCGUGGUCCUGUUGCUGUCCUUUGCCCUCAUCAUCUUCCCCUCCAUCAGCCCUUUUGGCCCUAACAAAGCCGAGAGCCCCGGGGACUUUGUGCCUGUGCGAGUGUUCUCCAGAACUUUGCACAAUGAUGCUGCCUCCCGUGUGACCUCUGAUGCUGUGCCGGGCUCCGAGGCCCCAGGACCUCAACCCGAGGCUGACACAACUCGAGAAGGGUCUCCAGGAAGCCCCGGGGCAGACUGGGGCUUCCAGGACACUGCGAACCUGACCAAUUCGACGGAGGAGGUGGACAAUGCCACCCUGGUCCUGAGGAAUGCAACAGAGGGGCUGGGCCAGGUCGCCCUGCUGGACUGGGUGGCACCUGAGCCAAGCACUGGCUCAGGUCGUGCAGGGCUGGAGGCAGUGGGAGACGAGCUGUGAGCUCCGCCAGGACUAUGCUCCCA